AUUAUUACAUUUCAAUUUUUUUUUAAAAAUAAUUUGUUCAGGUCAUUUCCUUGUUUGUUUUUAACUUUCUUUGUCUUUUUUUUUAUUUAUUUUUUUACUAAUUUUCUUGCUUUUUAAUUUUCUCUCUCUUUUUUUAUACUCUUUUCUAAAGAUUAAAUUAAAUUAAAUUAAAUAUUUUGGGGUCAUUUCUUCCUCUUGUGUUUUGCCCAUUGUCUUCCCAUGUUUAAAAAAAAAAAAAGGCAAAUUUGCAGGACACUGAAUGGGAACAACUAAUCACAUGAAAAACAGUAUUAGUCAGAACGGUAAAACAGAUAAUUAAAUAAGUAAACAAGAUAUAAUAAUACAUAUCUGAUGUGUCUCAUAUAUGUUUAGCUAAAAAACAUGUUUUGUGUAUCUGUGUAUGGAAAAAAAAACAAGUAGCAGAGGAGUAGAUCUGUGUUUUUUAAUAUUUUGUCGACCAAACGAUUUAUCGAGAAAAUACACCACCAAUUAAUCGAUAAUGAGCAUAAUCGUUUUCACUUGUAAAAAAAAAAAAAAAAGUUGAAAUAUUUUUUUAAAUGUGUGCGGUUAAAUUCAGCUUGUGUUUGAGAGUUUUGGUUAAAAAAUUGUCUUUAAUUUUAAACGCAUUAUAGAGCUGAUUAGAUCCUGGUCGGUCAGCUCUGUUUGUUUCCUCUGGCUUUGUGCUGCGCAUGAGAUGUGUUCAGUGAGCUCGCCCCUCCCUUUGGCAGGCUGCUGUUACCCACAAUCACAUUUUAACGUGUCCGGUGUGUGUCUGAGUGUUCUCCGUCUGCACCGCAGAGGCAGACAGCUGAUGAUGAGCCUCUGGGGGAUAUUUAAAGCUCUGGGAAAGCGGAAGCCUGGCCUGCUCUGUGUUAUCAGCUGAGAGCUACUGCUAGCUAGCACAGCGCUCUGUUAGCAUAUUAGCUAGCGAGUGGAGCCGCAUUUUGACUAGUUAAUUCACACGUACAGCUGAAAAUGAAGCGAAGGGGAAACAGGCGGUUGUUGUGGCGGUAACGCCUGCCGAUGUGACACAUCUUUAAGGAGACGACACGGGAAACUAACCGUUCCCAACCUGUGGACAGCAGAGUUUGUGCUUCCCACUCCCCACAUCAAUCUUCACCUCUGACCCUCUACACCCUCACCUCCACCUCUACGGCCAGCGCCUGGCCUCUGUAACCAUGACGACAGGCGGGUGUUGCCACCUGCCUGGCUCUCUGUGUGACUGUGCGAGCACCACUGGCCUGUGGAAGAGCGUCGAGGAAGGAGGUGGCGAGGGGUGCCAGGCGCUCUACGUCACCCAGGUUACAGCCAUAGAUGGGCGGUUGCUUUCCUCUGUGCUCAAACCAAUGAGUACGCAAAGUGAUGGUCCCAUCUGUCGUAUUUGCCACGAAGGAGGCAACAGCGAGGGUCUCCUGUCUCCAUGCGACUGCACGGGCACCCUGGGCACGGUCCACAAGAGCUGCUUGGAGAAGUGGCUGUCAUCUUCCAACACCAGCUACUGUGAGCUCUGCCACACGGAGUUCAGCAUCGAGCGCCGACCGAGGCCUCUCACAGAGGUAACAAAGUGGCUGCGGGACCCCGGCCCUCGUAAUGAGAAGAGGACACUGUUCUGUGACAUGGUGUGCUUCCUGUUUAUCACACCCCUAGCAGCCAUUUCAGGCUGGCUGUGCCUGAGAGGUGCUCAGGACCAUCUUCAACUGGGGAGCUGGCUGCAGGCUGUGGGCCUCAUCGCCCUCACCAUCGCCCUCUUCACCAUCUAUGUCCUGUGGACCCUGGUAUCUUUCCGCUACCACUGUCAGCUGUACUCUGAGUGGAGAAGAACAAACCAGAAAGUACGUCUGCUCAUUCCUGAAGCCAAGGAGUCUAACUCUUCCCAGCAUUCCUUGCUCUCCACCAAACUGAUGAAGAAGUCUGCCAAUGAGAGUAUAGUAUGAGACCAAACGGAGACGGCUGAUGAUAAUGGUGUCUUUUCUGUGUGGCGGCUGAUUGUCGCCUGCCAGCUAGCCUUUAAAGAAGCACUUGUGGGCUUUUUUUUUUGUUGCUUUCUACAAAAAAAAAAAGUCUUUGCCCCAUCGGUACUUAACUCACAUCACUUUUUAAAACAGAAGUCUAAAAGAGCACAUUUAAAUGGGUGUUGACCAAGCUUAUGCAAAGGCACUGAAGAGCGUGACAGACGUGGAGAAGACAUUGCCCGAGACAUGGAACAGUCUCAACAGUCAUGGAUACGAUGAUCAUGUUUAAUAACAGUGACAGUAGUAAAAGAAACGACCAAACGAACUUGUUCAGUGGAUUGUGAAAUGUUUUAAGUAUUGUUCUGCUUGGAUUCAACAACCCAUCAAUGGUCCACAUGUGACUGCAGAGCACAGGAGGUCCAGUCAUUGUCGUGCAGCAAUGAUGAAAGUGUAAACCGCUAGAAACAUGUCAUAUGUGGGCGUGCCCUUAUCUACAUAGGCCUUGCAUUCUCUGCACAGUGUUGCCCAUCGAGGAGCUCUUUGACGUGAUUAUUGUGUGACCCUGUGUUAAUCUGUAAAGGAAAAAAAGCUUUGAUUUAUUCACCCGAAGCUUUUAGUUUUCGCACAAGCCUAUUGGACUUCUUUCAAGGUUUUUUUUUUUUUUUUUUUUUAAUCCUACAUCUGUUUUUACAUUUCAUCCAAGAAUGGAUGGCAGCAUAGCGUUCGUAAAGCCAGAGAUUGUGCAAUAAAACACUGUGGACAUGGAGGACUUCACAGUACAUGAAGAGACCUCUCCCAACAUGCACAGUUAUGCAUGCAAGCACUGUUAAUAAAAAAUUAGGGGGGGAUUUUUUAAAAUUUUUUAUUUUGUAGUGUUAGCGUAUUGUAAAAUCCUUUCGUGGUUUAAAAAAAAAAAGUUUCUUAAACCACUAAACAGAAUCAGUAUUCCUACUGCAGUAGGGUUUAACAGCGUCCUCAUAGAGGUUCUUAUAUUAUCAGCACUUAGCAAGUAGGUCUUGUAUAGAUCGAUAGAAAACUCCAUGAAAAUGGCUCUUAGAGGAUCCAAGAGUCUGUUGGGUGGCUGAUGCAGUGUACUAAAGCAUCCUUUUAACUGCCUGUUAAAGUACUUAAUUAUU